AUGACGGACGUACCUACCCUCAACGGCGCCACAAAUGAAGCACAUCCGCCUCAAGGCUUCGAUGCCUCUCAGAUCCUUCACGCCUUAGAAGUCAUUCACAAUCCCGCCACCAAAAACGAUGUCCGCAGACACGCCUCAGAAUACCUGGAGAACCUCAAAGUCAGCAGUGAUGCGCCGCAGUAUGGCUUUGCACUUUCCACCGAUCGAUCUCAACCGCCGCUGGUCCGACAUUUUGGUCUCUCUCUGCUGAGCCAUGUCAUUCGUCAUGAGGGCCACAAUCUGUCGGAGGAGCAAAACAGUCAACUGCGGACAUGCGCUCUGGACCUAGGCAAAUCGAUUCUCCCCUCGGAUCCUCCCUUUAUUCGCAACAAGAUCACCGAGUUAUGGGUAGAACUGACCAAACGCAGCUGGGCUCUGGAUUGGUUUGACUUGGAUCAGCACUUGGUUGAGUUAUGGUCUAAAGAACUUGUCCACAUGGAAUUCGUCCUCACGGUAUUGGAGAAUCUUUCCGAGGAUAUUUUUGUUCGUGACGACAGUAUUGCGGUAUUGCGAGGUCGAGAUCUGAACACGGCCAUGGUGGAAAUCUUCGCCUCCAGCGCCCAAUAUUCGGGAAGUAUCCGAAUCGGCGAGACAGUACAAAACAUGCGUUCUGCAGACGAAGGAUGGCUUGAGAGAAUCAAGAAAUUUCUCGACGAAUGUUGCCAGAACCCAAACAUGACUGGCCCUGUCAAGGACACCGCCCUGAAAGCGCUGGCCACUCUCCGUUCGGCUUUCACUUGGUGCAUGGCCCCAGCUGUUGUUCAGUCGAUGGCUUUGAUCACAACUUGCAACUUCCUCACACAAGCAGACCCGGAUCUUGUCACCGCGGCGGUGGAUGCACUUCUGUCAUUGUACGGGAGAUCCCGGUUGGAGGAGCUCGAGAUCCGGGCUCUUAUUUACCCUCUGAUUCAACCAGAGAGCAUCUCAACGUUGAGGCAAUUGUACAUGUGGUCAGUUGUCUCGGUUGAUGACAUCGACAGCGGCAAAUACGUCAUCUCCAAGAAGUUGUCCGAGUUAAUGGCCACCCUGUCCGAUCAAAUGUGCCAGUACAAACCUCCAGACCGGACCACCAUGGAUCUCUCACCAUUUCUCCACUUUCUAAUUGCCAUCGCCGAACAUGAAAGUCUCAUUGUCUCUAUUCCUGUCAUUCAUUCGUGGGUCAAAUUGUUGGAAGUCCAAUCAUGGAGGGCAACACCGAUGGUGGCCCAAUGCAUUGGUCCGCUCUUGCAAGUCGCAUCGCAGAGACUGAUUCAGUAUGAUCAACUACCUGAAGGCACCCCAGAUCCCGCGGUCAUUUUUGUCAACGACGAGAUCGAGCUUUUCCCGGAACGUCAGGGCUUCUACAUGAACUAUCGCCGACUCUGUUCCGCCGUGAUUGAGUGGAUCACAUAUGCCCAGUUAGAGGAAGCGAUGCAAGCGGUCAUGAACAGGGUCGAUCAACUCCUGGAUCAGAUCGAAGAGUCUGAACGACAAUUCAACAUCGCUAGAUACGAAAGAAUUUCCAUGAAUGUCUUGCACGCCGAUGCUUAUUUUGCCAUGAUUGAUGCAGCUUUCAAAGGGCUCAAUCGGUGGCAGUCAAUGCAUCGGGAGUCUCCGACACCAGAACAAGAGCAAUUAGAUCAGAGAAUGAGGCAAAAAUCCAAGGCGUGGAUGCUUCACAUGAUGAAUCAGAGAAACUUCAAAGACCCUCAGAUCAGACAACGGCAAAUCAAAACCACUGUCGAGGUUUCCAACCAAGCUUUACAGAAAGACACUGAGUUUGCCUUUAAUGUGCUGGAGCACAUCCUCUCGUCAUUCACCAUAACCCAACAGCAGCAUGUCAUUUAUUCGGAGGCCGUCAAUGAACUCCACAACUAUGCCGCAAGCGAGUUGAGACGAUUGUCGAUCCAACAUGCCGACUACUUCGUCACGUUUUAUGAUCAACUGCGAACCAAAUUUACUGAUCUCAUCAAUCAAAUCGGCGCUGAUGACCGGUUACAAAUUGAUCUCAAGUCCACGCUUUUCUCAGUCAUUCAGCGAGCCUCAGGAAUUGAUUAUGCUCAACGUCAAGCCAAGUUAGAAGAAUUUCUUCAACCAAUAGCUGCUGCUUGGGCUAAUGAAGAACUACAAGCGACUCUGCAGAAUUUGGACACUUUUGCUCGCUCCCAAGCAUUCGAUCAGGUUGGACCGUAUAUGGCCUCCAUUCAAGUAGCUGAUCUCGAGGACUGGUCACGGAUACCCUAUGACGAUCGUGGUGUACGCAUUCAACAGGAAAUGCUAGCAGCUUUCGCGAAAUUGCCCCUGCGUGAGACGAGAAUUCUCCUCAGCAUAUCGACGGAAAGACUGCAGGAAGGAUCACCUCUGCACCAGAUGAUAUGUGACUUGUGGUCACCCAUGAUUCCAAAUAUGCUGAGUUAUGUCUUGCGUCUCACCAGCUACAAUCACCAAUUGCACAAUCCAUCUUCCUGGCCGAACGUUGCCCCAGAGCUGGAAGGAGUCAUUCGACGGAUCUUGCGAGACCGAUACUGGCAAUCAGGAAUAUCCAGUGGUUCAAUGAACGAGUUUCACAGCAAAGUUAAAUCAACACGGUCAACCCUGGAAGGAUUUGCAUCGUCGGUCAGAGGCCGGAUUCGUAACAAUCUCGAGCAGUGUUACAGUAUUCUCCAUACACUGGGCAGAUUGGGUCCGGCCUUCUACAACUUGCCGCAACUCCCCGAAAUGAUAGCUGAAGCGGCUGUCAAUUCGGCGGCCCCAUUGAGCCCUCAUCACUUCUCCGUCAUGGUCCAGAUGCUUCCGAAGAUGAUUGAUGAAUGUCCGCCCGAGAGUAGACCACAAUUCCUUACACCGAUCUUGUCCGCGCUCCUGGAACAAAUGGACACAAAGCUGUCGCACGAAUGGAUCAAAAUGAACCAGAGGAAGCAGACCAAACACGACGAGGAGAAUCUGAGCGAGGAAAUGCGGGACGAUUCGGUUCUCCGACAGACCACGUACAAGGCAGUCAAUCUGGUGGCACACUGGUUGAACCCGAAACGUGAACAGCAGCCCAUUGCGAAGAAGAGCGUGGUCAACGGCAACUACUUGACUCAAACCCGUCAGCAGACGAUGCGUGAGUUUUUACUCUCCAACGUCCAUAUCAUUGACCGCCUGCUUGUCUUCAUCAACCACGCCCUUGCUUUCAAAGACCUCCGAUCUUGCUACACGAUGCUGGGCGCUGUGCAACGGCUCGUCCCGGACUUUGGGCUCGACCAGUUUCUGUCCGGUCCAGAAGCAACUGCUGUGCGCGAGUACAUCUCCACCGAGAUCCUCAAGACAGCAAUCACAUGUCUCAACGACGGCUACUUUGCCGACCACCAGGCGCACUACGCCCAGCUGAUCGCGACCAUUUGGCUUUGGUAUGGCCUCGUGUCAGCCUCCGGACCGGGAGGGACCCCCUGGACCACCACACCACGGGACGUCAUCCUCAGUCUCCCCGGCAUGACAGAGACAAAGGUCGACCAAGCUGCCGCACAACUCAUACAGGAAGGCCUCCCCGGGCGCUCAAAGAGACUGCGUGCCAUCAUAUUGUCCUUGCUCGAGGGUGUCCGCGGUGUUCGCGUUAGUGAGUUAGGCAAAAUCGACAUGCGUCAACAACAGUCGCGCAUCUUGGAGAAGUACAAGCAGCGUGAGUUGUUGGGGAUGCAGGGCGUUGAAGAUAGUGCGCAGACUGCGGGAAAGGAUGACGGCGUCGAUCUCACUGGUGUUGCGGAUAUGUUUGCAGGUUAG